AAAAUUGCAGCUGGUCCUGAUUUGAACUUUGCUUAAAGUAAAUACUUGCCGAUUUGCUCUUUACAUGGCAGAGAGAAAAGAACAAGUUCACGACCUCCAAAAUGCCUGGAAUUGUUGUGUUCAAUCGUCGAUGGGUCGUGGGAAGCGAUGACUUCGUAAUACCAUUUGGUAUCGCGUUUGUGUUACGAUUGACAUGGAUGAUUUCCCUGGGAAUAAUGCUCGCUCUCCAUCAUUCCUUUCAAUAUGACAUAGACUCUCCCAGUGACAUUUCUCGCAACGUUUGUCAAUCGACGUUCGACUAUUUCACUAGUGGCUACAUCGUGCUGCUUUUUGCCACAAAUCUUUUGGAAUUCUUGGUCUCAUGGCUCAGUAGCAAAGGCACCAUCAUGGACGAUGAACCUCGUCAAGCCAUACCCGUAGUACUUUAUGUAAGAUUAUGUUUAACUCUUACCGAGUUAUUAUGGCUGUCGCUUGGCGUGAAAUGGAUUUUCAUCGACGGCGACCAUUGUGAGUCCACAUCCAGUUGGAAAAUUUCAAAAGGAAUCGUCAUUUUCAAUUGGUUGUUUUUGAUAUUUGUCGCACUACUGGUGUUUUGCAGUUUUGACUCGGCUGGUAGAGACUGGGUCCGAAUGGUCGAAUACGUAAGGACCGAGCGCUACGAUACAAUACGAACGCAGAUUUCGGAUCAAUACAUGAGGCGAUGGAAAGAUUAUUUUCGAUGUUUUUGUGCAUGUUCCGGUGUAGGUGAUAACGCAAGUGAUCAUUCAGUGUAUACAUUUAUUGGAAUGAUGUUGUCGGAUUUCUUUCGCAAUUUGGACGUAGUGCCCAGUGACAUUGCUGCAGGUCUUGUUCUACUUCGCCAGAUUCAAAAACGAGUGGAAAACAAGAAACUCAGUGAAGCACUCGAAGGCGCCGUACCGAUCAAAAGCAAAUCAGGUAAAAGAAAAGUAACGAACAGCUUUCAGAAGACUAGGAGUGCUCGAAAUUUUGCGCAUGAAGACUCGGAAGAAAGUCAUCUGCUGGAAGACGUUGUACAUUUCGCUCAUUAUGCUGUUGGUGCCUACGGUUGGCCUGUGUACUUGCUGACCGAUCUCAAAUGUGCUUGCUGUUCUUUGGUCAAUACCAUGAGAUGUUGUUACACGUGUCGUGCUCCAGAUCCUAGAUACGGUCAAGUACUUCAAGAUAAUUGUUGUCAAUGCAAUUUUUCUGCUAUAAAACAAACUCUCCACGAAUUUUUCGAUAACAUCGACAUUGUUUACACGUCUUUCGUCGACGAGCUGUACGUGAGUCCGUUUUUUGUUGCUGUGGACCAUGGGAAAAGAUCAGUGGUAAUAUCCAUACGAGGAACUCUUUCAUUACAAAAUAUUUUGACGGACAUGAUAGUCGAACCGGAAAGGAUACCCAGCCAUCAAAGUCACGAGCAUAAAGAUUGGUUUGCGCAUAAAGGGAUGUUUAUGACGGCGAUGAGUAUCAAAAACGUGCUUGACAAUAAGGGAAUUUUGACACAAGCUUUUGACAAGUGCCCAACUAGCGAGAGACACAAUUAUCAACUAAUCAUCGUUGGUCAUUCACUCGGGGCUGGAACCGCAUCUGUUUUGGCGAUGUUGUUACGAGAUCGUUACCCAAACCUUUUUUGUUACGCCUACUCACCCCCCGGCGCGACAUUGAGCCAAGAUGCUAGCAAAUUUGCUGAAGAUUUCAUUCUUUCUGUCGUGAUAGGAAAAGACAUGAUCGCUAGGUUAAGUUUAAACAAUCUGAAAGACUUACGCGAUCGAGUUAUGUUUCUUGUUUCCAAGACGAACAAACCAAAGUGGAAAAUUCUUCGCCAAUGUGUGUGGCGGUCAACAAUGUGCUGUUGUUGUGGACCUACUCAAGCAAAAGGGGACUCCAUUCAUGAUUCUGAUCUCGAUCAUCUCGAGAAAAAAUUUGAUGAAUUUACUAAACGGGCAUCGACAACACCCGACUUUUAUCUCCCCGGUAAAGUACUCCAUUUUGCCAAAGUGAAAUCGUUCAAAGGGCGUUGUUUUGACAACCAAACCAUAUUCCAGCCGUUCUGGGCAAGUACUGAAGACUUUGACGAGAUCCUGAUUUCGAGUCUGAUGUGGGCGGAUCACAUGCCGGAUUUUGUGUUAGAAGUGCUUAAAGAAACGUUUCAGCGGGUAAGGAACCCUAGCGAAGUCAGCGUUGAUGGUUCUUUGGGGAUAUUAUGUGAUAACGAGGACAUGUUUCAAACACCUCCUAGUGGUUCCUUAUGCGUGUCGGUCAUAGACUCUCCCGCAGAUCUUUUGGCCGAUGAACCAGUUGGAGUGGAAGUUACAUAUGUUUGAUUCUUCUUUCCCCAUCUUUGUUGUGUUUUGCAAUUGGGUUCUCCUGGUUAGCCCAGAAUUUCGAUCUGGCUGCGACUCUCACUGUUGCAAAGUUUGCAGAUAAUCCUGGAGCGAGUUGUUGUGAGCUCAAGAUGGUUGCGUUGCAAUAAAUCCAUUCAGCUCAGUAUAUGAAUGAAUAUUGCAUAAAAAUUGCAUCGAUGUUUACAUAAUGUAAACAAUAAACAUAAAUUGCCUGCUGUUUGUGUGCUGCUCGCCUUCGGCCUUCGCGAUAUCGUCUUUAAGAUGUGAUGCUGAAAGAAGGUAUGUGCCUCCCAUUGUCUUGUUAAUAUGGCAUGGGAAUAUAUUGUGGUAUUGUCUUCUAUUGCGCAUGGCACUUGUGCAUGCAUGCUGAGGAUAGACACUUGUAAACUAUAUUUAAUUAAAAAGUAUAAGUGUUUGACGUUGUAAGUGCGUAUAUGAAGCUUUGUAUUGUUGUCUAUUAAACUGUGAUUGUUAAACUAAA